GGUGGCAUCGAGACCUGCUCGGACCAAGCUGGCUGCCUAGACAUCUUCAUGGACAGCGGCACCUGCAAGACGGUGACGGGUUCGAAUGCCUCCUGGCUAUACUGUGAAGUAUGUCUGUACUGGAGCAAUGUCCGGGGCACGUGCGCCAAGUCUACUGGGGACACGGUCAGCCACGUGUGUAUGGGCGACGAGUUCUACCCCGUGAUUGCAACUGCCGGCGGUCAGCCUGCAGCCGGGAACACGCAGAAGCUGGACGGCUGGAGCAAUGGAGCAGAGAAUCGCUACUGCCAGUGGGUCCGCUGGAACAGCAGCAACUUCGAUACGGAGCUGGUCCACUUCACCGUCAAGGACGGCACUGGAGCCUGUCGCGAUGCUCCGGGCCCGCUGCAGGUCACCCUCCAGGGGCUCACAGCUACUUGCCAGGCCCCCCGCGUCGUCAAUAACACGCUGGCGGGCUGCGGGACUGGAGACCAGGCCAACGAAUGUCUGUGGAGCUUCAAUGUGCCACGACCUGGAACGUCUGCAUUCAACAGCAUCUCUCUGGGCAGCACGCAGGGUGGCAUCGAGACCUGCUCGGACCAAGCUGGCUGCCUAGACAUCUUCAUGGACAGCGGCACCUGCAAGACGGUGACGGGUUCGAAUGCCUCCUGGCUAUACUGUGAAGUAUGUCUGUACUGGAGCAAUGUCCGGGGCACGUGCGCCAAGACUACUGGGGACACGGUCAGCCACGUGUGUAUGGGCGACGAGUUCUACCCGGUGAUUGCAACUGCCGGCGGUCAGCCUGCAGCCGGGAACACGCAGAAGCUGGACGGCUGGAGCAAUGGAGCAGAGAAUCGCUACUGCCAGUGGGUCCGCUGGAACAGCAGCAACUUCGAUACGGAGCUGGUCCACUUCACGGUCAAGGACGGCACUGGAGCCUGUCGCGAUGCUCCGGGCCCGCUGCAGGUCACCCUCCAGGGCCUCACAGCUACUUGCCAGGCCCCCCGGGUCGUCAAUAACACGCUGGCGGGCUGCGGGACUGGAGACCAGGCCAACGAAUGUCUGUGGAGCUUCAAUGUGCCACGGCCUGGAACGUCUGCAUUCAAGUGCGCGUCCUCCCCGCCGUUACCACCUGUGCCGCCAAGUACGAACGCACCGCCACCUCAGCUUUCCACUCCUGCGUCACCGUCACCUGUAUCGCCCAGUCUAGCACCAUCACCACCACCCAGCCUGCCCCGCGAAAACCCGCCUUCGCCUCAGCCAAAGCCGCCCCCACCGGCGCGGCCAUACUCGGGCUCUGGGUGCUUUGUUGGCCCUGUCAAAUACUGCAAGGUUGUCGCAGCGCUAGGAACCUCAUGUAUGGAUGCUUACACCGGCUUGCCCCUGCCGUACGAGGUCACUUCGGCCUAUUAUCUGUCCGGUGAUCAACCCAGCGUGCAUACGGAGGCGCUUGUCGUCACUCCGGUCACGAAGCUCUUGCAGUUUACCGACCCGUCCCGCACGCCUUUACAAAGAGCGUACGGCAUGGUUGGCGUGAAUUGCAGCGGGGCACUUGACGGUAACCUGGCCGCGCUCACAGACAAGAAAAUUGCCACAAGGCUUACAGGUGUCCGCAUGCUUUACGCCGAUGCCAAGCUCUCGUCGUUGGUCGUCCUCUCCGUCUCGGUCCUCUCCAGCCUACCUGAAACCAGCCUACCACAGUGCCGAGAUGCCGCCAGCAAAGUUGACGCAGUCUAUGCAGCUCUUGCCACACGCGCUGCCUUAGUAGGCAAGGUUGAUCUCUCGGCAGCAGGGUUACUAAACGCGACGAUCAUGUCUGCGGCCAGAAAUACUUGCAACGCAUCAGCGGAGGACGUGCUGGCUGCCGGCGCAAUGGCACUGGCCAACCAGGCGGAGUUUAUGUACCGCAGGCUGGUAGCGGAGCUGUUGGAAGAUGGCACCAUGUCGUCGCUGCUCUCGGCGCUGCCGCUUCAUGCGCUGUCCGCGGCGACUCGUGUCGCGUAUCUGGCACAGACGCGCUGUGGCGAGGUGCUUGCCGCUGUACGGCGCGGCGAAGACAGCGCUGCACAGCAGUUUGUGGAAGUAAACAAGGCACGAAAUGGAACGGUGUUUGUCCCCGCAGACCUUCCUCUGCUGCUUGCGGCCGCUCCAGUCAACCUCACCCUGAUGGCACAGGGACUCGGCCUGUCCGAAGUCCCGCCACCAUCCGAUCUCUGGCUGCAUCUGCGAUCCUCCGUUGGGGACCUGGCAAGCUGCAAGGUCGAAGCGACGUAUCUGUACCCAUACCAACGGACGAGCGCCGUCACUUCCACGAACGGCUCGGCGCUGCUUCCAGGAGCUUCCAGUGCCCUGGUAACGGUGCCUUCGGGUUGCAGUGACAGUGCAUCAUUGGCCAAGACGCGCACGUCGAUGUCUGUUUUGGUGCCCCCAACCAGCAGCAAGGCCGUGGUCGACCAAGUAGCAUGUCUGGCCACCAAGGCCUUCAUCCAGGUCUCUGACGGCGAAGCGCCGCGUGACAUCAGUGCGGACGAUUACGCGCGCGCCUACCAGUGCCUGGGUGUCACGCUGCCUAGCGAGCUGGUCGGCACCACUAACUUCGUAUCCCAGGAGUGGAAAGCAGACAGCGUGUUUGACGUGCGCGUGAAGCUUGCCAACGCACGACUGCAAUGCGUCACAGAGCCCACCUCGCGCUUCAUUAACGGCCUCUCCGGUGAGGACGAGGACGACGUGUUCGACAAGUUGAUGACGCGCUUGGCUCGCGAUGUGCGUUCCAAUACCGUCAUGCUCAACAACAAGACCUACCUCGCGGGUGUGGUCCGCGACACGUGUGAGGAAUCUCUGCGGGAGGCCGCCUCCCGGCAGCGCCGCCGGUUGCUUCAAAUCGAUCUCAGCACUGAUGUGCUGGAGGGCAUGUUUUCGACCGUCGCCAGCACCGUGGCUGCCAGCGUGCAGUACCUGAUGGACCUGGAGACGCAGCUGCUGGCCAACGUGUCGACGUCCUCCUCGUCCUCCAACUCCACCAACACCAACACCAACACAUCCGCGAUUACAAGGGCCGUGCUGACGAAGGCCACGCAGGUUGUGGUGGUGCAGACGACUGCCCUGGGCCCUGCGCUGGCGAACCUGGCAUCGGAAGCCAGCUCGGGCAACACCCCCACCCUGGAGCUGCAAUUCACAGGCGACGGCCUGCGUCAACAGAUCGAUGCCGUACAAGUGCCUGUGCCGGCGACCCCCGCUGGCGCUCCAGAAGGCGAUGGCCGGGGGGUUGGCAGUCAGAGCGGCGGGACCGACACGGAGGCGGGUACUGCCGCAGGCGGUAGCGGCAGCCCCUCAACCAGCAGUCAAGAUGGCAGAAGCCGCUCCAAGGGCGUCCCCAUUGGCCUCAUCGCCGGCAUCGUCGCCGGCGGCGUUGUUGCUGCCAUUCUUGCUGUCUACGUCGCUGUCCGCAUGUCCAAGCGAUCAAAGGCCUCAAAUGACUUCCAAGAGCAGCAGGCCGACAGCGGUGAAAUGCAAGACCCCGCCGAGGCAGACUACAUGUCCGAGGAGGCACCCGGUGAAGGCGGCCAGCCUUCCGCCGUCAUGGCCAUACCCGAAGCCCUGCAGCGUCUGCAGGUCUCCAUUGUGCCGCCGCUGCCUCCCAGCAAGCUGAGAUGGCGUGUAGCAACUGCUGCCGCUGCCGCCGGCGGGGAUGCGUCCGGCGCAGGUCCAUCCAGCUUCUCCCCACGCAACGUCCUGUCCAGCCGCGAAGGCUCCGUACACUCUCCCGUACAUGACGAUCUGGACGUGGAGCAACUUGAGUUUAAGCGCUCCCCCAGCGCGCCACUGCGGGACGACCUUUCAACCGUGCAACGCGGCGAGUCCAUGGCGGCAUUGCCGGGGCAGGUGGGCCGCUUGCCGCGCCGCGUGACAGUGUCCGGUACAUACGAGCGGAGUGCAUUGGCAGCGGAAAUGGUGUCCGGCAUCGCUGCCGCGCGCGACAUGUCCGUACCCAACUCUCCUGCAUCGGUGCGGUCGGCCCUCGCACCUCGAAUGUCACGGCAACCCAGCGGCGCGGGCGAUAUUGCGCUGCCACCACCACCGCCGCUGGGGAUGCCGCGGCGCGUGACGCUGUCGGGCGCGGAAGGUGCAGCGCAGCUGGAGGGCGCGGAGCGUCCGCCGCGACCUGGUGGUCCACGCUCCGACUCGAUGCGCCGGCUUAACACCCGAAAUCUCGUCGAGCUACCUGACGCUCCCAACACCGUCGACGAGCCGCAGCGCCGCGUGACGGUCUCGGGAGUUGAGGGGCCCACUCAAGGCGCUGCUGCCGCUGCUGGCCGCUCAUUCUUGACAGCUCCACGCUGGUCUGUCCAGCGAAUGAACGUGGCAGCGAUGGCGGCGGCCGAGCCGGAUCUGCCUGUCACCAGACUCAGCAACUCUGGGGACGCGAAUUCCAGCCCGUCCUCCUCAAGGCGCGUCACAGGCGCUGGUGAUGCUUCUCGGCAACCGUCGCGGCAGGCGUCUCGGCAGAGCUGCCGUGAGGUGCUCGAUGGAUGCUAG